AUGUCUUCCAUGAACGGCAUGAACACAAAGCAAGAAGGCGAUAUCUCCAGCGUCUUCGUCUCACUCUCUGGAGCCAAAGCUACACCCCUCCCAGAACGUUUCGCCGAAAUCAAACGCAACCUUAUUCGCGGUCACGAACAAGCCGUUCAAGAUUCUUUCACUCGUCUCAUCAAUCGUCUCGCGGUUGAAAAUUCUAAGGUCGCACAAUUGGGUUCCAAGAUUAUUCCAAGUGUGACUUUCAAGGAUAUUGUCGAGGAGAGUGUGUCUGAGGAACAGUUGAAAGAUAUGAGAGACAAGGGUGUACUUGUUAUUAGGGGAGUUGUGGAUGAGAAGAUGGCGAGAGGUUACAAGGAGGAGGUCGAAAAUUAUGUUAAACUGAAUCCUAGUACAAAGGGCUUCCCAGCGAACGACCCCCAGGUCUUCGAACUAUACUGGUCACCACCACAAGUCAAGGCACGUGGUCACCCAAACAUGAUCACUGCUCAAAAGUUCCUCAUUAAUCUCUGGCAUUCCUCCGACCCUAACUCGCCAAUCUCAUUUUCUCAACCCGUUGUCUAUGCCGACCGCGUCCGCAUCCGUCAACCUGGUGAUGCUGUUUUUGCACUCGGUCCCCAUGCCGAUGGUGGAUCCGUUGAACGCUGGGAACCCAAUGGUUACGGUAUCAAGGGAGUUUACGAUUCCAUUUUCCAAGGAAAGUGGGAAGAAUUCGAUCCUUUUGAGUCUUCAUCCCGUGUUCCUGCUGUUAGUGAUCUCUACAAUGGUGGAGGUAGCUGUUCCAUGUUCCGCAUGUUCCAAGCUUGGCUCGGUAUGUCCCAUACUGCACCUGGUGAAGGCACGUUGAAGGUGAACCCUCUUAUUCAACUCACCACUGCGUACUUUUUGCUCCGACCCUUCUUUGAACCCAUCAAGGAAUUGCCCGAGGGAAAAGAAGAUCAAUACACGGCCGAAUUUCUCAGUCCUGAGAAUUGGAGAUUGAUCCCAAAUGAUAGAAUGACUACUGCUCUUCAUGGUGCUACGCCUAGUCAGGGACAAGAGAUGACUGAGAAAUUGCACCCACAUUUGGAUUUGAAGAAUACCAUGGUUCAUAUUCCAAAAAUCAACCCAGGUGAUUAUGUUGCUUGGCAUUGCGAUAUGAUUCACUCCGUAGACAAAACCCACGCCGGCAAAUCCGACAGUUCCGUCCUCUACAUCCCUGCUUGUCCACUCACCCCCAUCAACGCCGAAGCACUCGCCCGCCAACGCGAUACCUUCCUCGCUGGAGUCCCAGGUCCAGAUUUCCCAGGUGGAAAAGGUGAGAGUGAACAUAUUGGUCGACCGGGAUUCGAGGAACUCGAAGCAUGGACUGGUGAGGAGGGAUUGAGAGCAAUGGGAUUGAGUAAAUUUAUUGCAAGUGAGAAGGGAGCUGGUGUUGAAGAGGCUGUCAAGAUUGGAAAUGAUUAUUUGGGAUUUUAG